GGUGACCAUCAACUGUUGGGUGCAAAGACCAGGAGGUGGGCAUGGGGUCAGGGCAGGGAGAAGCAUGGCCCCGAGUGGGGAGAGCCACAGGGACAAGGUCCUUUAGGGCCGUGCCCGGACUUGUUUUCUCCUGGCCGUCACAGGACAGUGUUAGGGGCAGGGAGGGGGAACACGGACCGCUCUCAGAAAGUUGGGCCCGUGGCCUCUAAUCGGAGAAAAGAGCUUGGUCUGCUUGGUGUGGGCUGAUCCACAGUGUUCCAGGGAUAAGCAUGCUACACGCUCACACUCUGAGCUUUUCAAAGUAGGAACUUCCACAUACAAAGCAGAAGAGUGUUGGUGGGUUUUUUCUUUUGUGGUUUCACACAGCGAAUGUAUGACAAUCUCUAUUUAUAAGCGAAGUGAGCCGUUCGGGCACUGGGGAGCAAGUGUGGCCAGGAUUUCUGGUCCCCCCUCCUUCACCCUUUCAUUUUUUCUCUUAGCCUGCUUUCCAGAAAGGGGGCUGCUGGGAGAGUCUGCUUGACUAUUUCCCGUGCUGUCAGCUCCACAGAAUUCCAUUUCUGAGAACCUGCCCGGAGCAUGCAGUGACAUUGCGUAAGCCGCCUCCGGAGCGGGCAGUAUUAGCCGUGGCGCUCAGAGCGACUGUUUCACCCAACAUGAGAGGAGCGAGCGGCAUGGAAGGGGCGCCCAAGGCGCUCUUGGCCAGGGCACUUUAUAACAACGACCCGGACUGCUCUGAUGAGCUGGCUUUCUGCAAAGGAGACAUCCUGACCAUUCUGGAACAACACGUGCCGGAAAGCGAGGGCUGGUGGAGGUGUUUGCUCCACGGGAGGCAAGGCCUGGCCCCUGCCAACCGCCUCCAAAUCCUCUCGGAGGCCCCCGCAGACAGUCCCUGUCCCCCUUUCCUGAGACCCCUGGAGGAAGCUCUCACCAGCUCCAAGGAGGCCUCCCAGGUGCCCACCCUGCUGAGCUCCCCACCUCCAGGCCCUGUGUACGAGCCGAUGAAGAGCUGGGUGGCGGGGCCCCCGCCACACACAGUCCAAGUCUACGAAUUCCCUGACCCACCUGCCAGCGCCAGAAUCGUCUGUGAAAAGAUGCCAAGCUUUUCGAAACAGGCCAUCGUCCCGAUUCCCAGACCGGCCCAGGCCUCCUUGCUCGCUCUAUACGAUGUGCCCGCCCAGAGCCGCGGCCCCUCUGCCUUAAAGGAGCCGGGGAAGCAGCAGUUAUAUGACAUCCCCGCCAGCCCCCGAAAGGCAGAACGCAGUGCCCCGGCCAGCCAACCCAGCCGACAGAGUGCUCCCGUGACAGCAACAGUUGCCCUGGGCAGAGCCUGCUACAAAACAUUGCCAAACCCCCAGAAAUCAGAGUGGAUUUAUGACACUCCAGUGUCUCCAGCAAAGGCGGAUGUGAGAAAUGUCUGUGUUACCGGCUUUGUGGAAGAACCGGGGUCCCACUCCCUCUCCAGGUCCGUGUCCAAUUUCCACAGUCCUCCGAACAGCAGAGCGCGGUCCCUCGCCCCACACCUGCGUGGAAAUGUGCCCGUGCAGAACCCCAGCCUUCCAGAAGUCCCCGCCUGCCCCGGGGACGCCUGCCCUUCCGAUGGGGGUGUCAGCUACAAGGUCCCUUUGAGCUUUCUGAUUCCCCGAGUGGAGCAGCAGAACACCACGCCCAACAUCUAUGACAUCCCUAUCCCUGUGCCCAGCGCCCCUCGGGCUGGAAAAGGGCCGGGGGACGCCGACAGGGCUUCAGGGGAGACCUCGGACCCUCACUGCCCAUGCCUCUCCAGACAGGCCACCUGGCCCUCCCCUGAGCCGGACAGGCUGUCCGUGAACAGCUCUGACAGCAGGGCCAGCAUCACGUCUUCCUGCUCCUCCAUGUCCACCGACUCCUCGAGCAGCUCCUCCUCGGAGGAGUCGGCAAAGGAGCUCUCCUUGGACCUGGCCUUGGCCAAGGGCAUGGCGACAGCUCUCCAGCAGAAGGUGGCCAGCUCGGUGGCCGGCCUGAUGCUCUUUGUCAGCAGGAACUGGAGGCUCAGAGGCUCUCUGGAGGCCAACAUCGACGCCAUCCGCAGGGCCGCCGACCUCAUCGAAGAGUCCCUGAGAGAAUUUCUGGAUUUCGCCCGCGGGGUCUGCGGGGCCGCCGGGAACCUCCCCAGCAGUAACCUUCAGGCCAGAAUUAGGGACCAGCUGCAGACGAUCUCCAACUCCUACCACAUCCUGCUGGAAACCAAGGAGAGCCUGGAGGGCUGCCACUGGUCCCUGGACGUCCUUGUGACAGACAAAGCCCAGAGCAGCCUGGAUGACCUGGAGAGGUUUGUCAUGGUGGCAAGGAUGGUUCCGGAAGACAUCAAGAGGUUCACCUCCAUCGUCAUUGCCAACGGGAGGCUCCUCUUCAAGCAGAAUGGUGAGAAGGAAGAGACCCCGCCGUGGGCCCCCAAGACAGAAUUCAAGCUGGUGAAAGGCAUCCAGCUUCCCCGGAGGGAAAUGGAGUCCUACCAGCGGAGUGCGCCUCGUCCUCAGCAGCGGGAGAGCGGGCCCUGCCCCGAGCUGCUCGGGAAAAGCUGGGCCGGUGUCUGUGAGAAGAAGUUGCCUAACCGGGAAGAGAAAGCAAAACCCAUCCUGGAACAAAGAUUGGAUGAAAACAAAGACUUAGAAACACAGGACCUCAGCUCCCCUGUGCAGCAGGACCCAGGGAAGAAGGCCCACCUCUCAGAACACUGCCGGCUCUAUUUCGGGGCGCUCUUCAAGGCCAUGGGCGUCCUCCACAGCAGCCUCCACCACAGCCAGCCCCCCGAGAUCCUCGUGACGCAGAGCAAGCUGGUCAUCACGAUCGGGCAGAAGCUGGUGGACACGCUGUGCAGGGAGACUCAGGACAGGGACGCGCGCAACGAGAUCCUCCGCGGCAGCAGCCACCUGUGCAGCCUGCUCAAGGACCUGGCGCUGGCCACCAAGCGCGCCGUGCUGCAGCGCCCCAGCCCCGCCGCGCUGGCGCACCUCCGGGCCGAGGCCGACAAGCUGGAGCAACACGCGAGGCAAUUCAGGGGGUCAUUGGACUGAGCCUCCCUCCCUCCCUUCUGCGCGACUCUUGUCUUAAGGGGAAAGCCAGCCCGAGGGAGGAGGGGUACACCAAUGGGCAGAAGAGCCACGUGCCCGAAGCCUAGGCAACCCCAGGACAUUGACUUGUCCCACAGACAGUCAGGGGAGAGAGACGGGUGUUCAGUAAGGACCUUGCUAAGUGUUCAUGACGUAAGGUCGGUGUAUGAAGUGACAUUGUAGAAACUGAUUUUUGUACUGGUUAAAUGUGUGCCUGUUUUAAAUUCAGUAUUUAUUUAUUGGACACCUACUAGAUGUGCAAUUGCAGGUGCUGCUCAUGUAGCAGUAAAUUCAUCGGAAACCUCGCCCUCAGGGAGUUUACAGUCUAUGGGGAGACCGAGAGGGGAGACAGAGAACACAGUGACAGAGAAAUACAUAUCCUGUAUGUCAGGUGCUGGGAGAAAAGAAAGGGUGGCGGGGAGAGACUUAUUUCCAAAUGAGUAACGGUCACAUCCGUUAGAUAAGGUCAUUGGUAUUUCAUUUUUGAUGGAAUUGAUUCUGUGACAUUGGUACACAUUAUGUAUCUGUGUCUUACACCAAAUAUAUAUUUAUAUUUGCUAUUUUGUCUUCACCGAGUUAAAGAUGCAUAUUAUACUUGCAACAUAGCCUGUUCUGUUGGGUUCCCUGUUAAUUUAUUUUGUACACUGUGGAGUCUGUGUUGAUAAAUUCAGGAUGCUCAAUCAGCAAAGGUUUGUACCUCAACAUUUAUAGCAUUACCAUUUAUAGUAUCAUGUAGAUAUAAUCAUGAAACAUCCUUUGCACCAAGGCUUUCCUUGGAAAAGUCUUUGAUCCUUGUUACUCGGAUCCUGGUACCAAAGCAGUCUCCAGUGCUUUUGUUAUUCAAAUGCAUCUCCCUAGAGUGUGCAGAAGGAUGGAGUCGAGGCCAAGUUCUGGUGCACAAGGCUAGUGCGCAGGAAAAGCAGAGCCGUCCCUCGUUGUGGUCCAGGCAGGAAGUGUGUGGGGACAGACAGGACAGCCAUCU